AUGCCUUACUUUCCUCCCAAACGCUACGUCGAAACUAUAUACGCAUUCCACGUCCGACUGGCCAUGGACGAUCUGCCACUCACUGCGGCGGAGUAUAACGACCGAAUGCAGUGCAAGCAGAAAGGAUUCCACCGUCAUACCACCGUGAUGAGCGGGCCUAAUAUUGGCAAGCAGUGGAUUUAUUGUAACGACGGCUGCCAUCCUUUCACUCUGCUGCAAGCUAGCGCCGACAAGCAAAUCGAACUUGCCAGGAUUGUCGCUGAAGAUAAAGAAGCCUCGCCGCGCUCAGUCUCUGCACUAUCAACAUUGGUCAAGAAGCGAAAAGUGCAGUGUGGCAAGGCCUCGAAGAGAUUAGCCGCAGCCAUCAAUAAUAUGCUUGAUGUCGAACACGCCAGCCAAAGUGUCGUCUCACGGUCCAAGGAACGAGUUUGGAAGGCCGAUGAACAUUCGGAUAUUGUCAGGGCCCUCCAUGACAAUGCAGUAGUUGCUUUGCGUGUUGCCCAAGAGGCUUGGCAGCGCUUGGAGGAACUUCAGCACUGCACUAGCGAUAGGGCGCUCCGCCAAUACCUUGUUCGUAACGGUCUUGCCACAGAACUGCGAGGUAGCCAGCGUCGCCUUUAUGUUAGCGCCAUGACGAAGGAGACGGGUGUGAUGGGUGCUCUCGUCGGGGAGCCUGUAUCUGCUCGCGUAACGAGAACAAGCGCACGGUGCGCAGCUGGUUCACAAGACGGCGCUGCUACUGCAGUCACUGAGACGCCUAGGAGGGUUCAACCUGCGCAGUUGGUAACACCACCCACCACGGUCACCAGGAAGGGAAGAAAACGGAAUGCUUCAGAUAUCGUGCGAUCUGAGAUGAUUGAUGGGGUGGAGAUAGUUUACGCUCGCAUUAACGGUGUGCAGACUGUUGGCGAACCCCGCGAGUCUUCUCCCGAGGGAGAAGCCACACCCUCUAAGCCCUUCGAUGCACCAAUCCUUCUCAGGGGGGGACCGGGGUCGAGCACUUUAGCGAAGCCGUGGUUGGUGCAGACAGGAGCCGAAUCACAGCCCACGACCUCGAGCAGCAGUAACAAACGCACGCAGGAGCCGUCACCUGUGGACCUUGAAAUUGAGGGAGACGAUGAUGUUCCCCGCCUCCAUGAAGUACACGAUGAUGGCCAAGAUGGGAAUGAGGCUACCAAGAGCAAGCGACAGAGAACCUUUGAACAAGGAGUAUCAGCGAUAAUGCGGGAAUUCCAGCCAGAGUUCGACCGUAUUGUGGAGUACAUGCUUGCCAGUGAGAGCGAUAGCAGCAUCGGCAGUCCAUGUGCCUGUAAACGGGAUGAUGCCGUGCGGUUGUACCUGUGCCACGACUGCCAACACUACGAACCAUCCUGCCGCCAGUGUUUCCUGGACUUCCAUGGUGGGCGGAAUCCAUGGCAUUGGGCUGAAGAGUGGAAUGGUACUCAUUUUCUACGGCGGGACAUUUCCAAUCUGGGGCACAUUGUGACCAUUGGCCAUGAUCGCCAUUCCUCACUCCACUGCGAGUACGCAUUAGAGUAUCAACCCAUCGACUUUACUGUCGUGCACACUAACAGGGUUCAUCAAACCCGGGUUGUUUUCUGUCAAUGUGUCGGGCAAGCCGGGGAUCGUUUUCAGAACCUGUUGGAAAGUCGAAUCUUCCCAGCCACUAGGAAUCAACCGAGGACGGGCUUUACAUUCGCAGUGCUACGGGAUUUCCAUCUACACACCCUGACGUCCAAAAAAUCGUCGUAUGACUAUAUAGAGGCUGUGAAACGCCAAGGCAACAAUGUGUUUCCCCAGGAUUGUCCAGAUGUGUACCGGCAAUUCGUGCGUGUUCAGAGGAUAUGGAUAGCGCUUACAAUGAAAAAACGAAGUGGACAAGCCCAUGGAAUCGACAGGCAUUUCCCCCAACGCCCUCCUGGCUUUGUCGUGGUGCCAUGCUUUUCUUGUCCUGAGCGAGGCUUUAACGUUCCGGACGUGAUCAUGGACACUGUUUCGGAAAAAAUGAUACAUCUCGUUCAAUUUACAUUCAUGCAAGAUGGGCAUUUCGGCUUGCAAAGAUUCCGAAAAGUCGACGACCCUGAUGAUAUAUCAAUUGUGACGGGAACAGGCCUUUUUCCGAUGGACAAAGCAUACAAUGAGUAUAUCGAAAAGAUCGUGGCCACUUCAGAUGAGAAGUCCACCUGUUCGCAGUUUAACGCCGUCGAGAUGCAAAACAAAAUGAAAUUCAAAGGAUGCGUGAUCACCGGAGUGAUUGCAGUAGAAUGUGGUCGACAUUGUGUCUUCAUCGCCAUGGUCGAUUUGCACAAGGGUUCGCAAAUACAGAUUUUUUGUUUGGCCUUUGCGCUGACUCGUUACACGAACGAGCAAAGUAUCAAGGCACCCAAAUAUUUUCGUCGGAUCAUCCUCACCUAUGAUAUCGCAUGCCAAUAUCAUGUCAAGCUCAAGGAGCGCUUCAAGGAGUGUUUUUUGCAGAUCAGCGAUAUCGUGGACAUCAUUAAUUGUUUGGUACCGAAGAUGCAUCUUGAUGGUCACAUCGACAACUGCAAGUACCGUUUUUCUUUGAAUUUCUUCAAGGGCGCAGGGCGAAAUCACGGCGAAGGGAUCGAACAGAGCUGGGUGGAGUCUAAGCAGUCUGGCGGGAGCACGCGCCAGAUGAAUCACGGGCACCGACAUGACAAAUUGAACGACUACCACAAUUUCUGGAACUGGUGCAAGGUUCAGAAAAUGAGUGAAUCCCUGUUCAACAAUAUUAUCAAGGGACGUGAGCAGCUCGCCAAAAUCGUUGAGUAUUUUCUGGGUCUAUGCAUCAUGCGAGGCAAGGAAAAUGUCAAUUCGUGGAAGGAGGAGUCAACCGAGCCCAGAUGGAAUGAGAAGACCAAGCAAUGGGAAAGUCCUUAUCGUCUGAAUGUGCGGAAACUUCCCACUCAAGCUGAAGUAUUCACGAGUCUCCUCGAACAAGAACGCACAAUAGAACAAACGGGCAUGGAUGCCCGUAAGAAAAACCCGGCCAUCCAUUGCGUAGACGUAGGGAUUAAACUGCAAACAAAGCAGCGUGAUCUUGCCACCGCCAUCAGAAAAGGGGACAUUUUGACCGAAGAAAUCCGACUGGCCCGUCGCAACCUAUCGGCAGAGAUUCGGCGUUACCGAAAAACACAGCUCCAGCAGAUGCCAGACCUCGGUGACAUCAUUGCUGCGAGGAAGGAAGAGGACAAGGAAGUAAAGGAGAAUGUCGAAGUGGAGAACGAGUGUUUAUUCCUGCCAUCGGACCUGGCACAUUCAGAAAUGAAGAUCGGUGGCCUGAAGAAGUUUGCAGACAUAGAGUAUAAACUCCGGGAAGGCCAAGCGAAUGAGGCCAUCAUGAUGCUCUCAAAUAGCAUUAUCCACUGCAUGCUGUUGAACGACACACGACGGCGCCACUCCCGUGGGGUUACAAUGAAUCUACGUUCAUUGAAAUAUAUCAAUGGGAUUGCCAAAAAUGCAGCGGGAGCCCGAGGUUUGGGCGAGGGGUCUGUAACGGAUAGCUGGAUAUGGACCUAUGGACGGCUGAAAGGAAUGUCGGAUAUCGAGAAGAAUGACUUCCGCCAAGCAACUUUCAAGGUUCAAUGGUUUCGAGCACGAGCCGACAUGGAUCGAUGGAUAGAAGAGGUGGAAAUAUUAGAGGAAGAGUUUCGGCAUUUCAUUCGGGCCUGCGACAAAAUGUGUCAGGUCUGGAAGGAUAUGUCCGAAGAGGGUCCGAAACACUAUACGUCAGUUGCGGGGUAUCGUGUAUACGCCAUGGAGAAGUCGACAAUGUACAAGAUGAUGGGAGACAGAGCCAGAAAGGCCUUUGCCGAGUGCGGCGGCGGUUGGCCAGCCAAAGAUGAAGAUUUAUCAUCAUACGUCGAAGAGCGGCGACCGACUACAGAGGUCGACUGGGAAAUGGUGGAAAGUGAGAGUCGUGAGGAUGAAGCAGAGAAAAGCAAGCUGAUUGAAGAGGCAUUUAGAAGUUUCGAGGAGGGAGUGUAA